CGAAUCAUCUGUCCUGCCCGGACUGCUGGAAGCGGCCGCAACGCCAUGUUGGCGAAGUCUCUCAUCUCUGUGAGAAAAAAAUGAUGGGAAACAUACUUGUCGAGAAGAAAAGGUAGAUCGCCCAAGGAGGCAGAAGAUUGUGGCGACUGUUUUUUUCAAGAAACGAACCGAGCCGGAUCCGCGGAGGCUCCGGACGGGUGAGGGAGGCCGAAACCUCCCACCGUCCCUAUGAAUAGCACCGCUGAUCCGAACAGCGACUUUCCAUGAGAAAGAGACGUUUGUGUUGCUAUUCGAGCUUCGUUAUCCUACUUCGUUAAAGGGAUUUGGGGCCUGCUUUAAGAAAUUGCUACGCUUGCUUGUUGUGUGCAAGCUGAGCCUUGUUUAUAUCAGUAUUUAUUAAGCUCUUGUUUUUAUUUGUGGAUUAUUUCUUUGCGAUGAGUUUGCCACCGAAAGUGGUCCCGAAACAACCCGCUGUCGCAGUGAGCGGACCUGGAAGUGGCCACUCUCCGUCAAGCCAACUGCGGGCUACCGUGACCUCCGUGUCGCUGCCGCCGGGAGCCCCAACAGCUCCUCAGCCCGGUGCCGUGCCGCCGCAACAAAUCACACGGGUUCAGCCAUCACUUGACGACAGAAUCUUCCCCACACAGCCUGGAGUCACUGCAGUCUACAGCGUAUCCAGGCAUGCUGGUUCUCCUUACACUCCUCAUGACAUCACAAAGGGACACCUUAAUUUGGCGGGCACCCCGCCUGGUCAUGCCCACUCCCCGGCGCUCUCUCAGGUAUCAGUACCCACGGCUCCCACAUAUCGCUACCCAAAGGGCUGGGAGUCAGGCGGAGGGUCUCCGUACAACCCUGGACAAAAUGCUGGCUCCGCCCCUCUGGUGUAUUCUCCACAGACGCAGACGAUAAAUGCACAGCCACAGAGUCGCCCGUUUGCCACGGGGCCUCGACCAACCCACCAUCAGGGAGGAUUCAGGCCCAUUCAGUUUUUCCAGAGGACUCAGAUGCAGACCGCGAGGCCAACACUCCAGACAAACACCCCUCAACUACGGCCCGGCACUCAGACCCCCACAGCAGCCGUCUACCCUCCCAAUCAGCCAUACGUGAUGACAAUGGCACCCAUGCCAUUCCCCUCCCCACAGGCUGCACAGUACUACAUCCCACAGUAUCGACACAAUACACAAUACGUGGGACCCCCUCAGCAGUAUUCUGUCCAGCCUCCUGGAACUGGUACCUUCUAUCCUGGUCCAGGACCAGGGGAGUACCCAAAUCCGUACCAUCCCCUCAGGUACCCCCCACCUGUCUCACCCUCUGUCCCUGCUAACGUUCAAACAGCUGGCCCACCUUACUACCCGGGACAGUCUGUGUACCCCCCCUCACCUCCCAUCAUAGUGCCUACACCACCACAACCUCCACCAGCCAAGCGUGAGAAGAAAACAUCCUCCCAGAUCCGUAUCCGAGACCCCAAUCAGGGUGGAAGGGACAUCACGGAGGAGAUCAUGGCAGGGGGCUCAGGGAGCAGGAAUUCAACGCCUCCUGUCGGCCCCCCAUCCUCCACUCCUACCCCACCACAGUUUUUAUGGUCGCACCCUCAUUAUCCUCACAUUUUCUACCUCAAAUCGCAGCAGCAGCAGCUGAGAAGCAGUCAUAGUCCAGAGCAGCAGCAGUCGCAGCCUCAGCCUCCUCAGCCACAGCAGGCUCAUGCUGGAGGCUACACGAUGGAACCCACACCCACCCACCAGGUCCCACCACUACAGCACCCAAUUUCGGCAGCGGCUUCAGACACCAAACAAGAAGAUCUGCCAAAACUGGAAACCAUUGUCCAGAAGUCUUCCUCACCUGAGCCUCUGCAGCCUGAAGUCCCUGUGGAGAGACUGGAGGUCAACACACCAGUCACUGAGGCCAUGUUUCCUACGGAGCAGGCGCUUUCCUUCCCUGCCUCUGUCACCAACCCGGGAACCCUUGCACUUACAACGGCCAACACAAGUGAACGUCUCUCUGCCAGGGAGUCCACUUCUGCUUCCUCCUCUUCUCACCUGACCACAGUUGUGGAGCAGAAACUAUCUAUAGCUGCACCUCAGAUUCCCAAAACAGACAAGCCUCUUUCUGUUGCACCAAGAACUCUGGCUGCUCCUUCUGUACCAGCCCUCAAAGCUUUGAACGGCCUUGCAGAGCCUGCGACUGAGUUGAACAGUGCAUCUCCAGAGCCUUCUCUUCUACCCUCUGCUGCACUCCAGCCCCAGCCCUCUGCCCCACUUUACAGAGACGUUGCUUCUGAAUUGUUGCCUUCAGAUGUAAGGCCAGAGGUUCCCAUUGCUGCCGUGCUCGCCCCGGUGGCACCCGUGGCUGUGGUGCCAGUCACGUUGACCUCAAGUCCUGCCCCUGCUCUGCCAAUUAUGCUUCCCCCAGGCCUUCCGCCUCUAGUGCAGGCCACAACAGAGGCUGAUGAGCCGGGCAAACCUUUAGACAGUGAUGACCUCGUCUCUAGAGCUGGGAUUGAGGUUCAUUGUGGCAUCAAUGUCAGCAAAACAGAGUCCCUGCAUUCAGCACUCAUCAGGAACAGCCCCACUAAAGUAAAUCAGACAGCUUCUGCUAUACCAAAGACCUGGAGGAAACCAAAUGAAGAGGUUGGUGCUGCAGAUGGACCACAGAAAGAGGACAAGGAGGAACCAUUGCCAGUGGACCAUCCUGCUGGAGAUCAGGUCUUGCAAUCAACUCCGCUGAGGAACAGCCCGGUGCCUCUGCCAUCAGCCUUUACUUCCGGUCCUGCGCCAGCUCUCUCCAGCAGCCUAGAAACCGACAAAAAGUUCACAGCACCAGAGGAAAACGGUGAGACCGAGAUGGAGCCCAUGAGGAACGGAGCCGGUCACACCUCAGAGACAGAGAGCAGCGACAGUGGAGUCAUGCCUGGAGACAAGGAGAACUCCACAGGGAUUCCACAAGACAUAGAGGACUUACCUGAGUCCAGUGGGAAGCGUCAGUACGACCGAGACUUCCUGUUGGGCUUCCAGUUCAUGCCUGCCUGCACACAGAAACCUGACGGGCUUCCACCAAUCAGUGAUGUGGUGCUGGACAAGAUGAACCAAAACAAGUUGCCAUCUCGAGUAGUGGAUUCGAGGGUAAUUUCCAGAGGCCCUGAUUUCACACCUGCCUUUGCAGAUUUUGGCAGACAGAUAACUGGAGGACGAGGCGCUGCACUUAUGAACAUUGGAACCCGGCGACCUCCUCCCAGGAAGAUCAUCAUGAACCUGUCAGUGCACGAUGAAGUUCAGCUGAAAAAAUCAGAGAAUGCCUGGAAACCAGGCAUGAAGAAGGAGGGGCAGCCUGAGGAUCCUGAUAUGCAGAAAACCCAGGACCUUUUCAGAAAAGUCCGCAGCAUCCUGAACAAAUUGACACCUCAGAAGUUCAAUCAGCUGAUGACACAGGUGACAGAACUGACCAUCGACACAGAAGAAAGGCUGAAAGGUGUCAUCGACCUGGUCUUUGAGAAAGCCAUCGAUGAGCCCAGCUUCUCUGUGGCCUACGGAAACAUGUGUCGCUGCCUGGCCACUCUCAGAGUGCCCACGACGGACAAACCCGCAAUCACAGUAAACUUUCGCAAACUGCUCCCGAACCGCCGUCAGAAAGAGUUUGAGAAAGACAAGGUGGACGACGUGGUGUUUGAGAGGAAACAGAAGGAGCUCGACUCUGCUGCCACGACGACAGAGCGCGAGCGUCUUCAGGAAGAGCUAGAGGAAGCCAAGGACAAAGCCAGGCGCCGUUCCAUCGGCAACAUCAAGUUCAUCGGGGAACUCUUCAAGCUCAAGAUGUUGACAGAGGCGAUCAUGCACGACUGUGUGGUCAAGCUGCUGAAGAACCACGACGAGGAGUCUUUGGAGUGUCUGUGCCGGCUGCUCACCACCAUUGGAAAGGACCUGGAUUUUGAGAAGGCCAAGCCCCGAAUGGAUCAGUAUUUCAACCAAAUGGAAAAAAUUGUCAAAGAGAGGAAGACGUCAUCUCGGAUACGAUUUAUGCUACAGGAUGUAAUAGACCUGAGAUUGCACAACUGGGUGUCCAGAAGAGGUGACCAGGGCCCAAAAACAAUCGAGCAGAUCCACAAGGAGGCAAAAAUCGAAGAGCAGGAAGAGCAGAGAAAAGUGCACCAGCAGUUGCUCUCCAAGGACAGCAAGAGACGGCCAGAUCCAAGAGAACAGCGCAUUCCGAGAGAGGAGACCUGGAGCACUGUGCCAACCACAAAGAACAGCAGGACCAUCGACCCGAACAAGAUCCUAAAGAUCUCCAAGCCUCAGAUGGAUGAGAAGAUCCAAUUGGGCCCGAGGGCUCAGGUCACAUGGGUUAAGGGCAGCAGUGGAGGAGCCAAGGCCAGCGAGUCAGUCUCUGUAGCAGACUUGUCGCGCACAGCCGGCCUGAAUCGGUACUCUGCUCUACAGUCCACGCCUCUGCCUCCUCCUUCCACCACACCUCCACAGAACACGGACUUUGACUCCAGGAGAAGUUUAGGAAGCCGUAACAGUACAGGCAGGGAGCGGAAUGACAAGCAGCUGACUUCUGCUCUGCCAGCUUCACGGCCCAGCCCAUUCAUCAGGGGCGGCAGUUCGAAGGAGCUGAUAGAGACUCAACCUCAAGAAGAGGUGCGAAAAGACCGGGAGCGGGAGGUAGUGGAGCCUUGGAGGCCGAGUGUCACUGAAGACAAGACAGAGCCAGAACGGAACAGAGUCCGAGAGUCUGUGAAACCUGAGCCUGUGGUCCAGACACUGGACAGACCUGCCCUGUCAGACGAGGAGAUCGAGAGGAAGUCCAAGUCCAUCAUCGACGAGUUCCUGCACAUAAAUGAUUACAAGGAAGCCGUCCAGUGUGUGGAUGAACUCGAUCUGGGUUCUCAGCUGCACAUCUUUGUACGCGUCGGUGUGGAGUCGACUUUGGAGCGCAGUCAGAUCACACGGGACCACAUGGGUCAGCUCCUCUUCCAGCUGGUGCAGAAAGGAAUUCUGCCCAAACCCCAGUUUUACAAAGGGUUUGCUGAUACGCUGGAGCAGGCGGAUGACAUGGCCAUCGACAUUCCUCACAUCUGGCUUUACCUGUCAGAGCUGCUCAGCCCUGUGCUGAAGGAAGGAGGCUUCUCUAUGAGAGAGCUCUUUAGUGAACUAAGCAAACCUUUGCUUCCUGUGGGAAGAGCUGGGAUUUUAAUUUCUGAAAUACUGCACAUACUAUGCAAACAUAUGAGCCAAAGGACUGUGACUUCAUUGUGGAGAGAAUCUGGUCUCAGUUGGAGCGACUUUCUGUCAGAGGAGGAAGACUUCCAGACCUUCAUCUCACAACAGAAACUCCAGUUCCUUUUGUCGGACAGCUCCAGCUCUGAGACGCUGCUGUCUAAGAGGCUGUUGUCUCCUGAGGAGCUGAGACGUCAGCUGGAGAGACUCCUCCUAGAGGAGAUGGCCACGGACGAGGAGAUCUUUGACUGGGUCGAGGCAAAUCUGGAUGAAUCUCAGAUGAGCUCGUCUCCCUUCCUGAGGGCAUUGAUGACAGCUGUGUGUAAGGCAGCAGUAAAGGACGAUAACACCAACUGUCGAGUGGAACCAACCAUCAUUCGGAGAAGGUUGCCUGUAUUACUCAAGUACCUUAACUCAGACACUGAGCGACAGCUGCAAGCACUUUAUGCACUUCAGGCACUGAUUGUUGCCCUGGAUCAGCCACCGAAUCUACUCCGGAUGUUCUUUGACUGUCUGUAUGAUGAGGACGUCAUCUCUGAGGAUGCCUUCUACAAGUGGGAGACAAGCAAAGACCCCGCGGAGCAGCAGGGUAAGGGCGUGGCCCUCAAGUCUGUUACGGCCUUCUUCACUUGGCUGCGGGAGGCGGAGGAGGAGUCGGAGGAUAAUUGACGAGGGGAGACACGCGUGGACAUGACGUAGUAGAGCUACAUCCUUACAGCAGAACGAACGUUCAAAAUGGGCGCGUGGGCAGGACGACCUGUUUACGGCUGGAAUUUUUUUUCUGCGGUACGGUUCUGAAACAUGUCGCCAUUUUGAUUUUGAAUUCCAACGGCAGAAGCACUAAAUACCUGUAUUAUACAUAGAAAAUAUUUUUGUUUUAAAAUUUUAACUUACUUUUCUUUUGUUACUUUAUAAGAAGAGACUUAAAAGACACAUAGGUUCCGGACUCUUUAAUUUAUUAUUUUUUUAAGAACUGCAAAUAUGAAAGUUAUUUAACAUUUGCAGAUGCUCACACCAAUUGAACAGAAAUAACAGUAUAAUAAUUAUAAUAACAAAAUAAUAAUUGUGAAAUGACUAGCCUCCCUGGACUCCACACUGUUUGGUUUAAAACAGGGUAAAACAAAUUUAUUUUGGGGAUGAAGGGGAAGCAGAGAUGACCUGAGAUGAACUGUCGACGUUCAUGUUCACAUAUGACAUUUGAGGUCAAAGGUUAUGGCCUAAUACCCUGAGCCGUGACUGGCCCUGCGCCGAUAUGUACUGUACAUAAACCUCAUGAGAGGUCCACGUAUGCAUUGGUAAGUGGUGCAAGUUGUUCCACAGAAUUGUGGAAACAAACGCAGAUGAACAAAACACACAUUCAAUUGUAACGAGCAAAAAUGCAACUUUAAAAGCAAAUGGCCAGGUUCACUGAACAAGAUUAUGCUUGUUGUACUUCAGACCUACAGAGCAGAAUCAGUGCUUGUAAAUACAUUAAAGACAAAAAAGGUAUUUAAAAGUCC